AUCUGCGAGAGAGCUUGAAGGCGCCAAGGGUGGUUUCAGUGGAGACGCCUGGUCAGAGGGUGCUGUCGACGCCUUUUUUGACGUUCUAUCCGCGCCCCGACGCACAUUUUCGCUGUGAAAUCGGGCAGUCAGUCAGGCGAAUGGCCUCGCACAAUCCACCUGUGAAGGAGGAGCUCAAAAAUCACUCUCUAUCGCCCUGACUCGUAUCCCCCUCCAAGAAAUGCCCAAUUCGGAACAGGAAGUGGGUAGUUGGGAUUCUGUGCUCCUGGAAUCACCCACCGAGGACAACUUCAUCAGUAACCUUCACUUGAGAUACAAAAGGGAUCACAUCUAUACCUACAUUGGGACGCAUUUGGUGUCUAUCAAUCCCUUCAAGCCACUUCCUCUUGCCACUCCGGAACUCGUGAAGACCUACGCCACACGGGGGCUCUUCAAGCUGCCACCACACAUAUUUGGCGUUGCAAGGAGAGCAUAUGCCAAUCUAUUGGACUUCUAUGAGGACCAGAGUAUUAUUCUGUCGGGUGAGAGUGGGAGUGGUAAGAGUGAAACAGCCCAAAUGGUGGUGGAUUUCCUCACAAGAUUGCCCCAAAUUCGACGAAAUUAUGCGAUAUCGCGCCAAAAGGGCUCAAAUACUUCCCUGACUUGCUCAAAUCACGCUUCCAGCAAUGCAUCCCGAUCUUCCACGCCCAAGCACGAGGCUCCACUGGAUUCACCUGGAGCAUGUAGCCUCUCCAGGGGCUGCAUCUUGCGCCAGAGGAGCCUCGAGAGUGAAAAAUCUGGCUAUGGGAGUCUCAGAAAGUGCUCCCAUGACAAAUUGGCCGAAUCCUAUUGGAAGAGUACGGAUAAUUUGCCCUCUAAGUGCCAAAUUCACACCCACUCCACCCCCAAAAUCGCCAAAAAGUGUCCAAAGCACCAUUCAUGCGCCGGAGAGCACCAUCCCAAGAGCGUAGUACUAUCAAGAGCUCUCUAUGACGAUAGUAUUCCCUUCCGGCGCUCCUGCUCCCUCCAUCGUCAGGAGGCCAACAUGCGCGACAAACUGGCCACUCUCGAUGGCCUCACCAAAAGCUAUGGUUUCACUGCGGCCUCCAGGACGCCAAAGUGCUCAAUGGACUGUGAUCGGGUGCCAAAUCGACGUGCCAAGACGCCUCCGCCGCAUUUUGGGCGAGGCUAUGGGAACAUUUCGGGUAUUGUGGAGAACUUCCGAAGGAUACUGAGGAGUCGCAUGACCACGGAAGAGGCAGAGUUACAGCGAUACAGGGACAAAAUAGCCCAUGCAGACAUUUUUAUAAGUGCCAUGGGAUCAGCCAAAACUGCCAAGAAUCGCAAUUCUAGCCGUUUUGGAAAGUUCUUCGACAUUGAGUUAGACUUCAAGGGAGAUGUUAUUGGCGGACACAUCUAUCACUACAUGCUGGAAAAAACUCGCGUGACAAAUAUUUGUGGAAAUGAGCGCAAUUUCAAUAUAUUCUAUCAAUUGCUUGCGGGAGCUGAUAUUCACCUCCUGAAAUCACUGAAACUCCAACGAAAUAUCGAUAAGUAUGAUAUCCUUAAGAAUAGUACAGCCACUGAAGAUGAUCGCCAGGCUUUUGCUCGGUCAAAGCGUAGUCUUGAUGUCAUGGGCUUCAAUUGCGAGGAGAUCACCUCGAUCUUCCGGAUUCUGGCUGUUGUUCUGAAACUGGGAAAUUUGGUAUUUCUGCCCACGACGAAUAUCGAUGGGACUGAGGGUUGUACAAUUGCCAAUGAGUAUGAAAUUGUCGAGAUGGCUCAGUUGCUGGAGAUUCAUGUGGAUGUUUUGGUGCUAUGCCUCACCCGGACGAGUCUCAGUUGGUCACAGAUUCCGGACAAUUGGAUGGAAGUGGACGCUGAGGUGGCCACGAAGAUGAAGCAGACUCUGUGCAGGACAUUGUACGGGAGGCUUUUUGUGUGGCUGGUGACGAGAAUCAAUGAAGAGAUUAAGAGCACAAGUCUCAAUGGGCAUAAGAGAUUCCUGGGAGUUUUGGAUUUUUCGGGAUUUGAGGUGCUAGAGCGGAAUUCACUUGAGCAAUUGGCAAUUAAUUACUGCAGUGAGCGACUGCAACAGCACUUCCUGGGCUCUGUACUCAAAGAGCAGCAAGAACUUUACAUUCGGGAGGGUUUGGAGUGGACCAGAGUGGAUUUCUUUGACAAUUCCGGAAUCUGUGAUUUAUUCGAUCGGCCAAAUUAUGGGAUUCUCAGCCUAUUGGAUGAGCCUCAUGUCAACUGCGAUGAGAUCUACUUGACUCGGAUUCAUCAGUGUUCAGACGGACAUCCGAAUUUCCUUUCUGAUGACAUUGGAAGCUACCCAAGUAGCUUUCAGAUCCGUCACUAUGCCGGAACUGUGAGCUACAGCGUUGCGGGAUUUGUGGAGAAGAAUUCCGAGCAGUUGCCGAGGAGUGUGAGCUAUGGGCUGUUUCAGAGCAAUUUGCCAAUAGUACAAAGUCUCUUCCCAGAAGGGAAUCCCAAAAGGAGCUCAAAGCGUCCCAAUUCCCUGGCCAGCAAUCUCAGGGUGGGAAUCCAUACGCUGCUCAAGAGUCUGGCCAGGAGGAAGAGUCACUAUGUCUUCUGCCUGAAGCCCAAUGAAUUCGAGGAACCACGACACUUUGAGAUGUCUCUGAUUCAGCAUCAAGUCAGAUAUCUCAGCCUCAUGCCAUUGCUGAGUAUCUGGCGCAAUGGGUACUGCUUCAGCAUGAACCAUGUGGCUUUCCUGGCCAGAUACAAACUCCUCAAUAAUCUCACUUGGCCACAUUUCCCGCGAGGAUCUGUUGUAGAGGCUAUUGCUUUGAUCGUGAGAUCCCUGCCACUGCCAACGGCUGAAUUCACAAUCUGCACCCAGAGAGUCUUUAUCCGGAGCCCAAGAACUGUGGCUGAAGUUGAGGAAUUCCGGAGGAUGCGCCUUGGUGAGCUGGCAACACUCAUACAGAAAAUUUUUCGCGGAUACAGGGAUCGACUGAGGUUUCUGAGACUGAGGAGGAGUCAGAUCAAAAUUUCCAGGCUUUGGAGACACUACAGGUCAAGGUCAGAAUAUCGGGUGCUGAAGUAUCGAAGGCAGAUUAAUUGGGCUGUGGAGGUCAUCGAGAAGCACUAUAUUCAGCGAAAACGUCGCCAAUUUCUUAUUUUACUGCCCCAUCGUCUUCCUCUGGACAGCAUGAGUCCUCUGUGCAAUGAAUGGCCUCGAGUGCCACAUUUCCUCGCAGAAACUUCUCAGCUUUUGCGCAAAAUCUACCAUCGAUGGCGAUGUCACAAAUACAGGAAAAUGUUUGACCAAACAGCGAGGAAUCGCAUGAGGGAGAAAGUUACUGCCAGUAUCAUUUUCAGGGAUAGGAAGGCGUGCUAUUCCAAGAGCAUAGCACGGCCUUUCAUCGGGGAUUACGUGCGACUGAGGCAAAAUAUUCAGUGGAAGAGACUGAGCAUGGAGACUAAUGAUCAGUACGUGGUGUUUGCGGAUAUCAUCAAUAAAAUCACCAGGACGAGUGGAAAGUUUGUGCCAAUUUUGCUGGUUCUGUCGACAAGUUCGAUGCUUCUGUUGGAUCAGAAGACUCUCCAAGUGAAAUAUCGUGUGCCAGCAACGGAAAUCUAUCGGUUAUCUCUGUCACCGUAUCCCGAUGAUAUUGCUGUCUUUCACAUCAGACCGGAGAGUCCUCGAUGUCGUCAUCAAACAAUGUAUCACCACGAGCCGACUGAAUCCCCUACAGGAUGCCUCUUUCAGUCGGAAAUGAGUCGCCAGAAGGGUGAUUUUGCCUUUCAAACGUGUCACGUUAUUGAAAUUGUCACGAAGCUCUUUCUAGUCAUUCAGAAUGCUACAGCAAAGCCACCAGAAGUUCACAUAAGCACAGAAUUUGAAGCCAAUUUCAAUCAACAAACAGUCAUUUUUACCUUUAAAUGCGGUCGAGUACCUGAAACAACGCCAAGAGUCAGUCGAAAAGGAAAUCGCAUGGAAAUUGUUAUUUGAAUUGGGCAUUUGGGACAGGAAAUUGCGGUAGAGAUUGAGUUUAAAAUUGUGCGCACAAUUUAUGUCUUAAGAA